AUGGACGACGCCGACCGCGCCGACUUCGACCUCAAACUCUCGCUCAAGUACUAUCUCGACUCCCCCGCCACCGUCCCCACCCCCGACGCCCACCCAGACCUCCUCGACGCCGAGUCUGACCCCGACUCCCUCUCCAACGCCCAGCUCACCCCCAUCCUCGAGGCAAUCAUAGACUCUGUCGCCGCCUCACCCGACGCAAUCGCUAGAUCCUCAACACUCGACUCGCUGCAAUGCCUCCUCAAACUCUUCCCCACCCUCCCCACCCCCGCGAUCGGCAAGAUCGUCGACCUCAUCACCUCCGGCCUCUCGGCGCAAUCCGACAUCCUCGCCUCCGAGAUCGACCACGCCGACCCGGACUCCCUCUCUGAGCACCGCCUCCUCCUCGAGAUCUACGGCUUCCUCACACAAUGGGCCGUCACCGCCGUCGAGUCUCGCGCCGCCGCAGUCGCAUCCGCAUCCUCAUCAUCUACCACCACCACAACAACAGCCGCGCGCGCAAAGGGAAAGGGAAAGGGCAAAAGCGGGGCGGCGGCGGGGGGAGGGGCGCAGAGCUGGGACUCGGCGACACACCUGCUGGCGGCGCUCGAGACUAUGUGUAAGGUGCUGAGGCUGAAGCUGCUGCGCGUGUUUGUGACGACGAGUGAGCGCGACACGUUUGUGAGCCUGUUUACAAGGCCCGCGUAUGUGGUGCUGGAGAGCGAGGCGAGGGUCAAGAAUACGGCGGUUAGGAUGUAUUUGUUUAAGGUGCUGUGUAUUGCGGUGAAGCAUCAUGGGCAUGCGUUUGGCGCACAAACAUCCAUCGUCCAGAACCUAACCUACUUCGAGCACCUCUCCGAGCCCAUGGCCGAGUUCCUGCAGAUCCUCUCAGAGCAAUACGACUACCCCCAGCUCGUCGACGAGAUCCUGCGCGAGCUCUCAAACAAGGAAUUCAACAGCAACGACACGCGCGGGCCAAAGUCUGUCUCCGGCUUCAUCAUCAAGCUCUCUGAGCUCGCCCCGCGCCUCGUAAUAAAGCAGAUGACACUGCUCAUCAAGCUGCUCGACAGCGAGUCCUACAACCUCCGCUGCGCCGUCCUCGAAGUCCUCGGCAACCUCAUCCUCGACCUCACACGCACAGCACCCUCCCACCCCCACACCAAGGCCCAGAUGAAGUCCUUCUUCGACGUCCUCGAAGAGCGCUUCCUCGACGUCAACCCCUACUGCCGCUCCAAGACCAUCCAGGUAUACAUCACCAAGCUCCUCGACCUCGACAACAAGUUCCCGAAGCGUCGGCAGAAAGCGGCGGAUCUGGCGUUGAGGAGCUUGCAGGAUAAGAGCAGCAAUGUGAGGAGGAAUGCGGUGAGGUUGCUGGCGCGGCUGGUGGCGACGCAUCCGUAUGGCGCACUGCAUGGGGGGACAUUGAAGAUGGGGGAGUGGGUGGGGAGGUUGAGGGGCGUGGAGGCGGAGUUGGGGGCGUUGGUGCCGCCGCCGGGGGUGGCGGGUGUGGGGGAGGGGGUGGCGGCGGCGGUGGGGGCGGUGGGGGAGGAGACGGUGGAUCCGGCGUUGUUGGAUGAUGCGACUAUGGUGGAGGGUGAUGACGACGAUGAAGACGACGAUGAAGACGACGAUGAAGCAGAGGAGGAAGGUGAAGACGGCGAACCGAGGACCCCACGCCGCAAGAAGGCGGCGGCGGCAAAGGAGGCGGCGGCGGCCGCCGCAGCGGGCCCGACAACGCCGCAGGUGCAGCAGAUGAUGGCCCACUCGGAGGAGAUCUCGCGGCUACAGCUAACGAGGCGGUAUUAUGCGGAGGCGGUGCGGUUCAUCACGACGGUGCAUGAUGCGUCGCGGCUGGUGUGCCAGCUGCUCGGGUCCAGGAAUAAGAGUGAGGUGGUGGAGGCGAUGGAUUUCUUUAGGGUGCUUGAUGUGCAUAAGGUGGAGACUGCGAAGGACGGAAUCCGUCGCAUGCUCCGCCUCAUCUGGACCAAAGGCAACAGCGACGAAGGCAAGGGCAUCCAAUCGCACCUCAUCGAAGUCUACAAAGACCUCUUCUUCGACGCACCCGACACCUUCACGCCCAACGAGGCGGCAAACUUCAUUGCGCGCAACAUGAUCUCGCUCACGUUCGACACCACGCCCGCGGAGCUCACGUGCCUCGAGCAGCUGCUGGCGAAGAUGAUGCGCGAGGGCCAUGUCGCGGAUCUGGUGGUGCACAAGCUGUGGCAGAUCUAUGGCGUCCAGAAGAGGGAGAUAAGCAGGAGCCAGCGCAGGGGCGCCAUUAUCGUGCUGGGCAUGCUGGCGCACGCCGAGCCGGAGAUUGUGGUGAGGGAGCUGGAAACGGUGAUGAGGAUUGGGCUGGGGAGGUAUGGUAGGGCUGAUUUGGGGUUGGCGAGGUAUACGUGUUCGGCGUUGAGGCAGAUUAGCCCUGUUGGGAGGGCGGCGAAAGAUGCCACCACCACCACAACCAUGACCAAGCUUCCGAACGACCACGCGAUCCUGGUCCGGCUAGGCGCACUAGUCGAGCUCGAAUCGGGCGAUAAGGAGUGGUUCGGCGUCGCGGAACAGGCUAUCUCGGCCGUAUACGCCCUGGCAAAGUUCCCGGACCAGCUGUGUACUGACAUCAUCCGCCGAAAGACAAAGAGCGUGUUUGCUCAGGGUCUAGAAAUCCCCGGCGGCGGGAGCAGAGAGGGGAGUGCGGCUCCGCCAGAGACGCCGAGGAGUGCGGUGGAUGCUGAUGGGGAUGAGGAUAUGAUGGAUGUGGAUAUGGAGGAUGCAGCGGCGGUGGCGCCUCCGCCGUUGCCGGCUGCUGCUGCUGCUGCGGGCGACGAGGAUGAGAAGAAGAAGGGCAAGGCGUUUGCGCUGAGCCAAUUGUUGUUCAUUGUGGGGCAUGUCGCGGUAAAACAAAUCGUGCACUUGGAGAUCAUGGAGCUGGAUUUCAAGAAACGGAAAAGUGAUAGCGAAAAGAACAAAGACGCAAAUCCUACGCCGAAAAAGAAGGACGGCGACGAGAAGGACGAGCUCGAUUUGAUCGGCGGUACUUCAGAGGACGAUUUCACAGAGGCUAUGGCUAUUAUCCGGGAGAGAGAGUUACUGUAUGGGCAAAACUCGUUACUGUCAAACUUUGGCCCAUUGGUUGCUGAGAUUUGCGCAAAUAAUCUUAUCUACAAGGACCGAAACUUACAAGCACAGAGCACACUAUGUAUGGCAAAGUUGAUGUGUGUAUCUGCUGAAUAUUGCGAGACUAAUCUUCCGCUCCUCAUCACGAUAAUGGAGCGCUCUGCCGACCCCAUCACACGUAGCAAUGCCGUGAUUGCACUCGGUGAUAUGGCCGUGUGUUUCAAUCACCUCAUUGAUGAAAACACCGAUUUCUUAUAUCGACGUCUUAAUGACCCAGAUGCCUCAGUGAAGCGGACUUGCCUUAUGACGUUAACCUUCCUCAUCCUUGCUGGACAGGUCAAAGUCAAGGGCCAGCUCGGAGAGAUGGCCAAAUGUCUCGAGGACUCUGACAAGCGCAUCGCUGAUCUCUCGCGAAUGUUCUUUACAGAGCUGGCAACAAAGGAUAAUGCCGUCUACAACCACUUUGUAGACAUGUUCUCCCUGCUGAGUGCCGAGAGGGACCUCGAGGAGGACGCGUUAAGGAGGAUCGUAAAGUUUUUGGCUAGCUUUGUGGAGAAGGAUAAGCAUGCCAAGCAGCUUGCUGAGAAGCUUGCGGCCCGGCUGGGCAGAUGCGAGACGGAACGGCAAUGGAACGAUGUGGCGUACGCGUUGAGUCUGCUGCAGCACAAGAACGAAGAGAUUCAGAAGACGUCAGACAAACAUAAGCAAUUAAUCGUCUGUCUCGUUAAACAUUGCCCGAACCGAAAAAAAAACUUAUCUCUUGUGCUUUUACGGGAGCUAUUGACCCCGCGAACUACGUUGCGAUUUGAGGACACGGAGAGAGCGAGAGUUAAUUGGGAAAGCUGCGACGUGAUUGUAUGUAGUGAUAGCCGAGAGACUCUCGCCAACCUGCGAGCCUGUAUAACCUACGAUGCUCUGAUCUGGAGGGUCGGUUGGUUACAUGUAUGUGACCCUGUGUUGUCAUCGUCGUCGUCCUGA